AUGAAGUCAUGGAUGUCCGGCCUCGUCAUGGGCCUGUGCCUUUGGACGGCCCAUGCCAUGGAAGUCAAGAUAGAUCAGACAGAUGAGAAUCGACAACGAUGCGCCGGAAUGUACAGCCGCAAGGCCUGGGGAGGACCGGUCGACCCCUAUAUCAACAUAUUGUUCCCCGCUGUUCAGAUCGACAAGGACGCUGUCGUGAGCGUCGUCGUUUUCGAGUGGAAGGACGAAGACCUCAUUGGAAUUCGUGAGAACCCCGAGUCACUUAAAAAAAUCGGCAUUUGCGAAGACAAGUGGGUAAAGAAGGGAUACUGCAACGAAACCGAUAUAGGAGAGUUCAUUCUGGCUGAGGGCGCCACCGAAAAGUCCAAGAACCUGAUCCAGACAUACGCUGUCAACCUCAAGGAUCCCGGCAAACCUACAAAGUACAUGAUCUCUCAGACAGGCUACUACUGCGUCUUGACCGAUCGCUUUACCGCGCAGAACUACGAGGCCGUUGUCGAGUUCCGCAACGCUUAUGGCGAGCUUCCAGCGACCCAGAUACCUAAGCUGCCUUUUUACGGAGGUGUUACUAUCCUCUACGCCCUAGUUGCGGUGUUCUGGGGUUUCCUUUACUACCAACACCGACAUGAUAUCUUGCCUGUGCAAAACUACAUCACUGCGAUUCUGAUCUUCCUGGUCGUCGAAAUGUUGAUGACUUGGGGCUUCUAUGACUAUCUCAACCGCAACGGCUCAAACAUCGGUUCCAAGGUUCUUCUCGUAUUGGUGGCCAUACUGAAUGCCUUCCGAAACUCGUUUUCCUUCUUCCUACUCCUCAUCGUCUGUAUGGGCUACGGCGUGGUCAAGCACACGCUUGGCCGGACCAUGAUCUGGGUGCGCUGGCUAGCUAUCGCGCACUUUGUCUUUGGCCUCGUUUAUGCAGUCACCAGCCUGCUUGUUACUCCGGACGAAGCUGGCAUCUUCGUUCUGUUGAUUGUCCUUCCCCUGGCGAGCACGCUCACUGCGUUUUACGUGUGGACCUUGAACUCUCUGAACUUUACGCUUAAGGAUCUCAGGGAGCGCAAGCAGCACACUAAAGAAGCCAUGUACAAGAAGCUCUGGUGGUGCAUUCUCAUCAGCAUCUUUGUUAUCUUUGGCUUCUUCUUCUUCAACAGUUUCUCAUUCGCCUCGGUCAAUGAUCCGGACUAUGUGCCUUUCCACUGGAAGUCUCGUUGGUUCAUUCUCGACGGCUGGCUUAACUUGGUCUACUUUGCCGACGUUGCGUGGAUCGCAUACGUCUGGCGGCCUACUGCCAAUAACCGCCGCUUCGCCAUGAGUGACGAGAUUGCUCAGGACGACGACGGCACUUUCACCAUGGCGGAUAUUGGAGCGCCCGAUGACUCGGACGACGAGGAGGCUCAGCUUGGCAAGGAUACCAACGCGCGGCAGACACUGCAGGAGCAGCUGUACACCCAGUCUGGCUCAACAACGCGCGCUGGUCAAGCCGGCGCAUCCGCCGGUGCCUCUACAGUGCCAACACAAAGGAACCUGCCUAGAGAGUCACUUGACGGUGAGACCAUCUUCGCCGUUGGUGAGGAUGGUGACAGAUUCUCGGAUGACUCGGACGAAGAGAAUGCGAAGCUGGUUCAUUCUGGAAAAUAA